CCCAAUCGUGUACCGUUUGCUGACGUUUGAAAAAGAAGAACCCGAGUUUGUUUACUAAUCGGUUUUGUAAAAUAAAUUCCAGUUUUCGAUGUAAUUUUCAGUUUUAAGCGAAAAAUGUCCUGGCUGCAGGACCUGGCCGGAAAGGCCGAGAACAUCCUGACCAAAAUCGACAAGAAUGCCGCAACCGUGCUGCAGAACCCGGCCCGGCCGGAAAAUGGUGAUGUGGAAGCUCUGGAACCGCUCGUAGAGGUCACAACCUCGCCUAGUCCACGGAUGGAUUACGGGGGAAUCGUCUCGACGCCAGUGGCCAAACUACCCACCGCGGAAUCCCGUCCGUCGUCAUCGAGGUCACUUCGGUUGUCGGCGGGAAAUAGAGUAAUCGCGGAGAACUCUCCGUCGGAACGACGGACUUCCUCCCGCGCCAGUUCAGUUAGCUCAAAGCGGGAGGGGACCGUUAUAGAGGUGGGACCAGGCGAAGUUGAGGUGGAGGAAUUUCCGUCGGUUGAGAAAGAACUUGCGACGACUAAAAUCGUUUUAGCUGAGAUCAAGUCGGAACGAGACGAGUUGAAAGUCGAACUGGACAGUGUCCAGUCCAUGCUUUCGAGCGCCGAGUGUGAGGCCAGUUUGAGGGAGCUGGAGAGCCGGUAUCAAAGCCUGGUCGACGAGCGAAACGAGCUUUACAUUAAACUAAUGGCCACGGAAGAAUCCAACGCGAAAUAUAUCAAAUCGAUUUCCGAGCUGGAGUCGAUCGUUUCGAAGCACAUCCAAAACGAGCAGGAGAUUGGCCAAAAGUUGGAGAUGGCACAAAUGGAAACGACGAACGCUACGGCCGAGCUGCAGCAGUACCGGAUAAGGGCCCACGCAACUCUUCAGUUGAAGGAGAAGAUGAUCGAACAGCUAAAAGAAACAACGUCCCAGGAUGGUUUCGAAGGCGAAAAAGGCAAUUCCGAGCGAUUGAUGCUGAUGGAGCUGGAGCAACUGAAAAAUGAUCGUCACAGCAUGCAGGAGGAAAUUGCUGGCUUGAACGAAAAGUACGAGCAAGGCAAAAAGUUCUGGCAAACGAUGGAGCAAACGCUCCGGUCGAGUGCGUUCGAACUGGAAAGUCGCGUUGCUGAACUCCAGCAAAAGUUGAGCCUCGAAUCGACCAAAGCGCUGCAGCUGCAGGACAAUCUAAAUAUCAAACAAAAGGAGCUGCAAUCCGCCCGAGAGGAAGUGACCAAACAAAGGACAUUGUUAUCCGUUCAGAUGCACGAAAAGGAAUCUGAAAUCACCAAGCUGAAGGCAAAAAUGCACUCCCGCCCGUCCAACUCGUCCGCGGACCUAGAGCUGCGACUAAACUCGCUGACGCAAUCGCUGGUGCAGAAACAAACCACGCUGGAAUCCACCACGGCCGAACGGAAUGCGCUCCGGCUGCAAUUGGAGAAAUUAGAUACCCAAUACCGGAGCACGGUGACGCAAAUCCGCCAGCAGAGGGUGCCCUACCUAAGCUUGAACGAAACGGACGAUGCUAAAUCGCAGGUGCCAAACUUUAUGGUGGAAAAUCCGUUCGACAGUCGGGUGUCGAGGCGCGUCAAGCGUGCCUACUCCUCGCUGGACUCGAUCGGCGUGCGGUUGGGCGUCUUUAUGCGUCGCUAUCCGCUGGUGCGGAUUCUGGUUAUCGUGUACGUGGCCGUGCUGCAUCUGUGGGUCAUGUUUGUGCUGCUUUCGUCCACGCCGGCGGCGCAAUAAUAUUGUGCAUACAAAUGUUAAUCAAUUUAUUUGUGUUAAGAGAAUAUCGAAAAUAUUAUAUUUUGUUUCUUAAAACGCUUAAAACUGGUGAAAAUAAUCGUCAAAAUGUGAUGUCUUUUAAAUUUGCAUGUCAACGGUAGAUAAAUAUUAUUCCAAGAAAACAAAA